UUUCCCUGUUAAAUAUUUUGAAAUUUUUCAGAAUCAAUUGUCCUUUCCUGCUGGUAUGUCGCCAGUAGAAAGUUUACGCCAUUCUUCUUUUCGAAUACGUGAUCGUUUACUUGUUAAUCUUAUUUCUGAAUUUCUUGGAACUUUUCUUUUAGUUUUAAUUGGUUGUAGUAGUAUUGCUCAAUUUAUACUUUCUGAGGCUAAAUUGAAUAAUCAUUUACAGGUUUGUCUGGCUUGGGGUUUUGCUAUAUUUCUUGCUGUUACUGUUACCUAUAAAACUUCUGGUGGACAUCUAAAUCCAGCAGUUUCCCUAGCUAUUUGUUCACUUGGAAAGCUCCCUUUUAUUCACUAUCCUUUUUACGUUGUGGCGCAAACCUUUGGAGGUUUUUUGGGAGCAGCUUUAUGUUUACAUAUUUAUGUUGAUUCUUUUGAUAAAUUUGAUGGAGGAAUUCGUUCUGUUGAUGGAAAAAAUGGAACUGGGGCUGUUUUUUGUUCUUUUCCCCAACCACACAUUUCGUUAUAUACUGCAUUUAUUGACCAAGUUGUCGGAACAGGCCUUUUACUGCUCUUUGUUUGUGCUAUUAUUGAUCAACGUAACAAGAUCCCAGGAUAUUUACAUCCCCUAUGUUUUGGUUUAACCGUUUUUCUGUUAACGUCCUCAUUUGGAAUGAAUUUGGGUACUCCAAUUAACCCAGCGAGAGAUUUUGGUCCUCGCCUGUUCAUGCUAUUUGGUGGCUAUGGAUUAGAAGCCUUUUCUUGGCGUAAUUAUUAUUUUUGGAUUCCAAUAAUCGCCCCACUCAUUGGAGCAUUGCUUGGUACUUGGAUUUAUCAAUUUCUUGUUGGAAUUAAUAUACCAGAUGAAAAGGUAGAAGGAAAGGCAAAAAGGGAUGAAAUUGUUAAUAAUGAUCAUGAUGCUUUAAACCUUCUUACACCCAUUUAA